GCGUCCGGUGACGCCCCCCCCCGCAGAGGGGCCGGCGCUGCCGCGGCCGCGGCGGCUGCUGCUGCUGCUGAACCCGUUCGGGGGCCGGGGCCGGGCGCUGCAGUGGUGCCAGAGCCACGUGCUGCCCAUGAUGGCCGAGGCCGGCAUCAGCUUCAACCUCGUGCAGACCGAGCGGGCGAACCACGCGCGGGAGCUGGUGACGACCAUCAGCCUGGCCGAGUGGGACGGCAUCGUCACCGUCUCCGGGGACGGGCUCCUCUUCGAGGUGGUGAACGGGCUGAUGGAGCGGCGGGACUGGGCGGCCGCCCUGCAAAUGCCCCUGGGCAUCCUGCCCUGCGGCUCCGGCAACGCCCUGGCCGGCGCCGUCAACUUCCACGCCGGGCUGCCGCCGGCGCUGGGCGUGGAGCUGCUGCAGAACUGCGCGGUGCUGCUGUGCCAGGGCGGGCUGUCGCCGCUGGACCUGGUGUCGGUGACGACGGCGUCGGGCGCCCGCUGCUUCUCCUUCCUCAGCGUCGCCUGGGGCUUCGUCUCCGACGUGGACGUGGGCAGCGAGCGCUUCCGGCGCCUGGGGGCCGCCCGCUUCGCCCUGGGCACCGCCGCCCGCCUGGCCGCGCUCCACACCUACCGCGGCCGCCUCUCCUACCUGCCCGCCGCCCCCCCGGGCCCCCCCGCCCGCCGCCCCGUGGCCCGCAGCGCCACCGCCCCCGGGCCCCUGCCCCCCCCCCCCGACGGCGACGGCGAUGGCGGGGCCCCCCCGGCCUCCCCAGCCGCCGCCCCCCCCGCGCUGCCCCGCGCCCUCUCCGACCUGGGGCUCUGCCCCGAGCCGGUGCCCGCGGCGGCGGGGGGGGGGGCCGGGCUGCCCGGGACCCCCGAGGAGCCGGAGCCGCCGGGGGAGCUGGAGGUGCUGGGGGAGGCCGGGGGGGCGGACGGGGGGGCGGACGGGGACGCCCCGUAUCCCGGGGGUGCAGCUGGGGGUGCCCCACACCCGGGGGACGCCCCACAGCCCGGGGCUGCCCCACGGCCAGGUGAUGCUGCAGGGAUGCCCGGGGCUGCAGCCGGGUCCCCCCCACACCCCGGGGACCCCCCACACCCUGGGGACGCAGCUGGGCCCCCCCGGAGCCCCACAGACCCCCCACACCCUGGGGACGCAGCCAGGGCCCCCCCAGUGCCCGGGGACCCCCCACACCCUGGGGACGCAGCUGGGCCCCCCCGGAGCCCCACAGACCCCCCACACCCUGGGGACGCAGCUGGGGACCCCCCACACCCCGGGGACCCCCCACAUUCUGGGGACCCCCAGCACCCCAGGGACCCCCUGCACCCCGGGGCCCCCCCGAGCCCCACAGACCCCCCACACCCUGGGGACGUGGCCGGGGACCCCCCACACCCCGGGGACCCCCCACAUUCUGGGGAUGCAGCCGGGGCCCCUCCAGUGCCCGGGGACCCCCCACACCCUGGGGAUGCAGCCGGAGCCCCCCCACACCCCGGGGACCCCCUGCACCCCGGGGAUGCAGCCGGGGCCCCCCCAGUACCCGGGGACCCCCCACAUCCCGGGGCCCCCCCGUCCCCCGGGGCCGCCCCGCCGGGGGGCCCCGUGGACGACCUGCUGGUGCCGCUGGGGCAGCCGGUGCCGGCGUCGUGGGUGACGCUGGAGGGCGACUUCGUGCUGGUGCUGGCGCUCUACCAGACGCACCUGGGCGCCGAGCUGCUGGCGGCCCCGCGCGCCCGCUUCGACGAGGGCGUCAUCCACCUCUGCUACGUGCGGGCCGGCGUCUCGCGGGCCGCCCUGGCGCGGCUGCUGCUGGCCAUGGCCCGCGGGGCGCCCUGGGGCGGCGGCUGCGCCCACCUGGGCCGGGUGCCCGCCCGCGCCUUCCGCCUGGAGCCGCUGACGCCGCGCGGCGUCCUCACCGUCGACGGCGAGCGCGUGGAGUACGGCCCGCUGCAGGCCCAGAUCCACCGCGGCCUGGCGCGGCUGCUCACCGCCGCCCACCCCCGGCCCCCCGCCUCCCCCUGAGGCCGCCGCGAUGGGGGGGGCCCGGGCGUGCGGGCGCCGCGGCCUGUGCCUGAGGGUGGAGGGGGCCCAGGCGUCCCGGGGGGCCCAGGCGUCCGGGCGCUGUGACCUGUCCCUGAGCGUGCGGGGGGCCCAGGCAUCCCGGGGGGCCCAGGCGUCCGGGUGCCGCGGCCUGUCCCUGAGGGUGGAGGGGGCCCAGGCGUCCCGGGGGGCCCAGGCGUCCGGGUGCUGCAGCCUGUCCCUGAGACGAGGGGCCCAGGCGUCCCGGGGGGCCCAGGCGUCCGGGUGCUGCGGCCUGUCCCUGAGACGAGGGGCCCAGGCGUCCCGGGGGGCCCGGGCGUGCAGGUGCUGCGGCCUGUCCCUGAGGGUGGAGGGGGCCCAGGCGUCCCGGGGGGCCCAGGCGUCCGGGCGCCGCGGCCUGUCCCUGAGGGUGGAGGGGGCCCAGGCGUCCGGGCGCCACGACCUGUCCCUGAGCGUGCGGGGGGCCCAGGCGUCCCGGGGGGCCCAGGCGUCCGGGUGCUGCGACCUGUCCCUGAGACGAGGGGCCCAGGCGUCCGGGCGCAGGCAGCGAUCCACGGGGGGGCCUGGGUGUCUGGGCGCUGCGACCUGUCCCUGAGGGUGGAGGGGGCCCAGGCGUCCCGGGGGGCCCAGGCGUCCGGGUGCUGCGACCUGUCCCUGAGACGAGGGGCCCAGGCGUCCGGGCGCUGUGACCUGUCCCUGAGCGUGCGGGGGGCCCAGGCGUCCGGGCGCAGGCAGCGAUCCACGGGGGGGCCUGGGUGUCUGGGCGCUGCGACCUGUCCCUGAGACGAGGGGCCCAGGCGUCCCGGGGGGCCCAGGCGUGCGGGUGCCACAACCUGUCCCUGAGACGAGGGGCCCAGGCGUCCCAGGGGGCCCAGGCGUCCGGGUGCCGCGACCUGUCCCUGAGACGAGGGGCCCAGGCGUCCCAGGGGGCCCAGGCGUCCGGGUGCCGCGACCUGUCCCUGAGACGAGGGGCCCAGGCGUCCCGGGGGGCCCGGGCGUCCGGGUGCUGCGACCUGUCCCUGAGACGAGGGGCCCAGGCGUCCGGGCGCAGGCAGCGAUCCACGGGGGGGCCUGGGUGUCUGGGCGCUGCGACCUGUCCCUGAGGGUGGAGGGGGCCCAGGCGUCCCGGGGGGGCCCAGGCGUCCGGGUGCUGCAACCUGUCCCUGAGACGAGGGGCCCAGGCGUCCCAGGGGGCCCAGGCGUGCGGGUGCUGCGGCCUGUGCCUGAGACGAGGGGCCCAGGUGUCCUGGGGGGCCCGGGUGUCCAGGCGCAGGCAGCCAUCCACGGAGGGGCCCAGGCGUCCGGGCGCUGCAACCUGUCCCUGAGACGAGGGGCCCAGGCGUCCGGGCGCCACGACCUGUCCCUGAGGGUGGAGGGGGCCCAGGCGUCCCGGGGGGCCCAGGCGUCCGGGUGCUGCGACCUGUCCCUGAGACGAGGGGCCCAGGCGUCCCGGGGGGCCCAGGCGUCCGGGCGCUGCGGCCUGUCCCUGAGGGUGGAGGGGGCCCAGGCGUCCGGGCGCCAUGAUCUGUCCCUGAGACGAGGGGCCCAGGCGUCCUGGGGGGCCCGGGUGUCCAGGCGCAGGCAGCCAUCCACGGGGGGGCCCAGGCAUCCGGGCACCACGACCUGUCCCUGAGGCUGGGGGGCCCAGGCGGCCCCGAGGGUGGAGGGGGCCCAGGCGACCGGGUGCUGCCACACAUUCCUGAGACUGGGGGGGGCCAGGCGGCCCCGGGGGGCCCAGGCGUCCGGGUGCAGGCGCCUGUCCCUGAGGCUGGAGGGGCCCAGGCGUCCGGGCGCCCUCCCCACCCUGGGGGGAGUCGAGGGGUGGGGCUGAGCCCUGCCCGGGGGGGGGGGGGGUCCAUGGGGAGAUGGUACUAGGGUGCCCCCCCCCGCCCCGGACACCUGGGCCCCCCCCGGGGCUGCUGCUGAUGUUGGGGGGGAUUUGGGGAACCCCCUGAGGCAGGAGGGGGCCCAGGCGUCCGGCUCUGCCCUGCCCCCCGCACCAAGCUCCCACCCGGACGCCUGGGCCCCCCAAGGGGGGGGGCUCCCCCCGCUGCUCCCCCCAGUCCCCCCCGCGUCCCACGGUGCCGAGCUAUGCAAUAAAGCGCAGCCUGGA